CAUCUCCCUCUCCUCCUCGUUUCCUAGCGCCGCCAGAGGGAUCGAGAGAUCCCUCGACCUCUCCCCUCUGCCCGAUCCCUCGACCUCUCCUUCUCGAUCCCGUGCGCCUCCCUCUCUCCCUCUACAGUGCACCUCCCAUGGCGCCGUCACCCUGCACCAAGCCUUCCCCAAGCCGGAGCCCUGUGCAGCAUGGCUGCUGCCUGCCCGCGAGCCUCCUCCGCGCAUCUCCUCCCUUCGCUCACGCCACGACCAAGCCGUUCCCCACCUCUGCCUUCGUCGCCGUCAGCCGGUGCAACAGGUCCGCCGGCAAGCCCUGCCUCCUCGCCCUCGCUGCCUGCCCGCAGGCCACGCAGCCUGAUGCCGGUGACCAGCGCCGCCAUGGCCGUCCGAGGCUCCUCGGGAAGCCGCCGUUCCUGUGCUGCCGCCCCCCAUCUCUGGCCCCGUUCUCCUGCAACGCCCUGCCUCCUGAUGCUCUGCUCCAGCACCAAGUCAUGGCCGAUUUGGUUGUUUCAUUGUUGGGCAUGAGCAGCUAUGGCUCGACAUCUUCUGCCGCUGCUCGCCCGCUGUCCACCAGAGGCCCUUAUGUCUUGUUUCAUUUUGGAUGGGCAAGAAUGUCGCCAAGGCCCGUACGUGGACCAUCAGACAUUUUCUUUGAGAUUUUUGCCAAGUACCACGACGACGCAUCUUGUUCAUCUACCGCCAUUUUUGGAACCGCUAAGAACGGCAAGUACCUCGGCAAGUACCUUGACGCCCGAUGCAUAGAACGACUACCGUCGCCGACGACCCAAGUACCACUACCGUCGACCCUCGAAGACUCCAUGGACGUCAAGAUCCUUGCCGUGACCUCGAACAUCUAUGGAAUGUGCACGACUACAAAAUGGGUACCACUACCAUUGCCGAAGACCCGUGUAAUGGUAUCGUCAAGUCCGACUACCGUCGCGUGAACAACUACUUCCACUACUGCCGUCGCGAGAACGCCUACUUCCCUCUACGAACUUGAUCCGUUCCGAUAAGGCACGCUUCGAAAGCUUGCAGGUGCCGAUGAGUCCGUGCAGAUGACGCAACCAAGCUCAGGAGGAGCUCGAUGAAGAUCUUGUCCUUUGUGUUGUUUCGUUCUAGUUGUCAGU